CCGCGCCUGCGUCUCCCAGCCCAGGGGCCGGCCCCUUCGCCGUCACAGCGAGCGCAGGCGCCGCCGUUCCCCUCCCGUCCCCGCUCCUCCAGCAGCCGCCGAGCUCCCUGUGCCCGCCCGGGCACCCCCCAGCCGCCGCCAUGUACGACGCCGACGAAGAUAUGCAGUACGAUGAGGACGACGAUGAAAUCACCCCGGACCUGUGGCAGGAGGCGUGCUGGAUCGUCAUUAGCUCUUAUUUUGAUGAGAAGGGUUUAGUCAGGCAACAGUUGGAUUCUUUUGAUGAGUUUAUUCAGAUGUCUGUGCAGAGAAUUGUUGAAGAUGCGCCACCAAUUGAUUUACAAGCUGAAGCCCAGCAUGCUACAGGAGAAGUGGAAGAACCACCCCGCUAUCUCCUGAAGUUUGAACAAAUCUAUCUUUCCAAACCUACUCAUUGGGAAAGAGACGGAGCGCCAUCACCUAUGAUGCCCAAUGAAGCCAGACUGAGAAACCUUACGUAUUCAGCCCCCUUGUAUGUGGAUAUAACUAAAACAGUUAUUAAAGAAGGGGAAGAUCAGUUACAGACGCAGCAUCAGAAAACUUUUAUAGGGAAAAUUCCUAUUAUGUUACGAUCAACAUACUGUUUGUUAAAUGGCUUAACUGACCGUGAUCUUUGUGAACUGAAUGAAUGCCCUCUUGAUCCUGGUGGCUACUUUAUCAUUAACGGAUCAGAAAAGGUUCUGAUCGCUCAAGAAAAAAUGGCUACAAACACAGUAUAUGUGUUUGCAAAGAAAGAUUCAAAAUAUGCCUACACAGGAGAGUGUAGAUCUUGUCUGGAAAAUUCCUCUCGACCAACAAGUACUAUAUGGGUUAGCAUGCUAGCCAGAGGUGGGCAGGGUGCAAAGAAGAGUGCUAUUGGUCAGCGCAUUGUAGCAACUUUGCCAUAUAUCAAACAAGAAGUGCCCAUCAUAAUCGUCUUCCGUGCACUAGGGUUUGUGUCUGACAGGGAUAUUUUAGAGCACAUAAUUUAUGAUUUUGAAGAUCCGGAAAUGAUGGAAAUGGUCAAACCUUCUCUGGAUGAAGCAUUUGUCAUUCAGGAGCAAAACGUGGCUCUGAACUUCAUUGGAUCGAGAGGUGCGAAGCCAGGCGUCACCAAAGAAAAAAGAAUCAAGUAUGCUAAAGAAGUCUUGCAGAAAGAAAUGCUUCCGCAUGUUGGUGUCAGUGACUUCUGUGAAACCAAGAAGGCCUAUUUCCUGGGGUAUAUGGUUCAUCGAUUGUUGCUGGCAGCACUGGGAAGGAGGGAGCUUGAUGACAGAGAUCAUUAUGGCAACAAAAGACUGGAUCUUGCUGGGCCACUGCUAGCUUUCCUGUUCAGAGGAAUGUUUAAGAAUUUGCUGAAGGAAGUGAGAAUAUAUGCACAAAAGUUUAUUGACAGAGGGAAGGAUUUCAACCUGGAACUGGCCAUUAAGACGAGAAUUAUUUCAGAUGGUUUGAAAUAUUCAUUGGCAACUGGAAACUGGGGUGAUCAGAAGAAAGCUCAUCAGGCCAGAGCAGGAGUAUCUCAGGUGCUAAACCGCCUGACCUUUGCAUCUACGCUGUCCCAUCUGAGACGCCUGAACUCUCCAAUUGGUAGAGAUGGUAAACUGGCAAAGCCCAGACAGUUGCACAAUACGCUGUGGGGAAUGGUUUGCCCUGCUGAGACUCCAGAGGGUCAUGCAGUAGGACUUGUCAAGAACUUAGCCCUUAUGGCUUACAUUUCUGUGGGAUCUCAGCCAUCUCCGAUUUUGGAAUUCUUGGAAGAGUGGAGUAUGGAAAACCUGGAAGAAAUAUCUCCAGCAGCAAUAGCUGAUGCUACCAAGAUCUUCGUUAAUGGCUGCUGGGUAGGAAUACACAAAGAUCCAGAGCAGCUUAUGAAUACACUAAGGAAGCUCCGUCGUCAGAUGGAUAUCAUUGUAUCAGAGGUCUCAAUGAUUAGGGAUAUUCGUGAGCGAGAAAUCCGCAUCUAUACUGAUGCAGGCAGAAUUUGCCGUCCCCUUUUAAUUGUGGAAAAACAGAAGUUGCUGUUGAAGAAAAGGCAUAUUGACCAACUGAAGGAACGAGAGUACAACAAUUACAGUUGGCAGGAUCUCGUGGCCAGUGGUGUGGUAGAGUACAUUGAUACACUGGAAGAAGAGACUGUGAUGCUGGCAAUGACUCCAGAUGAUUUGCAAGAAAAAGGCGUUGCAUACUGUUCAACAUACACACACUGUGAGAUUCACCCAUCAAUGAUCCUGGGAGUCUGUGCAUCUAUCAUUCCUUUCCCUGAUCACAACCAGUCUCCUAGGAACACGUACCAGUCUGCUAUGGGUAAGCAGGCUAUGGGAGUUUACAUUACAAACUUCCACGUUCGUAUGGAUACACUGGCACACGUUCUAUAUUAUCCUCAGAAGCCCCUUGUAACAACUCGCUCCAUGGAGUACUUGCGUUUCAGAGAGUUACCAGCAGGUAUCAAUUCAAUUGUAGCCAUUGCAUCGUACACAGGAUAUAACCAGGAAGACUCUGUCAUCAUGAACCGUUCUGCUGUUGAUAGAGGCUUUUUCAGAUCUGUGUUUUAUCGGUCCUACAAAGAGCAGGAGUCCAAAAAAGGAUAUGACCAAGAGGAAGUUUUUGAGAAGCCUACACGUGAGACUUGCCAAGGUAUGAGACAUGCCAUCUAUGACAAACUCGAUGAUGAUGGCUUAAUAGCACCUGGAGUACGUGUGUCUGGAGAUGAUGUCAUCAUUGGCAAAACAGUAACGCUACCAGAAAACGAAGAUGAACUGGAAAGCACUAACAGACGUUUCACAAAGAGAGACUGUAGCACUUUUCUGCGAACUAGUGAGACUGGUAUUGUAGAUCAGGUCAUGGUAACACUGAACCAGGAAGGAUACAAGUUCUGCAAGAUUAGGGUACGUUCUGUAAGAAUCCCACAAAUAGGAGAUAAAUUUGCCAGCAGGCAUGGUCAGAAAGGAACCUGUGGUAUCCAGUACCGGCAAGAGGAUAUGCCCUUCACUUGCGAAGGCAUCACACCUGAUAUAAUUAUCAAUCCACAUGCCAUCCCUUCCCGGAUGACCAUUGGUCACUUGAUUGAAUGUCUUCAGGGGAAGGUGUCGGCAAACAAGGGAGAAAUUGGUGAUGCUACACCAUUUAAUGAUGCUGUCAACGUGCAGAAGAUUUCCAAUCUUUUAUCAGAUUAUGGUUACCAUCUAAGAGGAAAUGAGGUCCUCUACAAUGGCUUCACUGGUCGAAAAAUCACAUCACAGAUCUUUAUUGGUCCUACAUAUUAUCAGCGGUUGAAGCACAUGGUGGAUGACAAAAUCCAUUCUCGUGCAAGAGGGCCAAUCCAGAUACUUAACAGACAGCCCAUGGAGGGCAGAUCUCGUGACGGUGGCCUUCGUUUUGGAGAAAUGGAACGAGAUUGCCAAAUCGCUCAUGGAGCAGCCCAGUUCUUGAGAGAGAGAUUGUUUGAAGCUUCAGACCCGUAUCAAGUCCACGUAUGCAACCUCUGUGGGAUUAUGGCAAUCGCAAACACCAGGACUCACACCUAUGAAUGCCGGGGAUGCCGCAAUAAAACACAGGUAGGUGUGGGCUUAAUCAGGAUAAAGGAAAUGCUACCAGGUGAACAGGAAGAUAUGUUUAAAUGUAGAUGUUUUAAGAAACACCAGAACAAUUGCUGUUUAAGUUUCCUAAAUACUUAAAGUGUUCAUAGUGUCCUAGUUGAUUUAUUUGGAUCUUUCCUUAUUCAUGUUAUAGCGCUGGCUUCUCCCUUGGCAGGAAAUGCUGUUCAAAUAUUUUUAGUGCAGAGUUCUUAAGAGUAAACAGUUGGAGAGCUUAUUUUUAGAAUAGGCAGUAAAUCUCAGGAGUGCACGAAUUUAUGGUGUCACUCUUGUGAUUUUUUUUGUUCCCAUGAAGCUAUUUUAUGCCUGUGAGCAGGGCUCUUCCUAUGGGAGUUGUUUUGCAUCGCAUUUUAAAAAAAGUAUUAUUUACAGUGAUAGUGUGUGGUUGGUUACAGAGGUACGUCAAGGCAGAGUGACAGCAGAGAUUAAAAAUAGUUGACUUAACUAGACUUGGUGGUGUGCUGGGACUUUGCUGCACCUCUAACCAUGACAUUGGGGUUACUGAAGAGAUGUGUGCUGCAAUCUUAACUGUAGUUACUGCACAACAUGCAUGCUUUGCUAAGCAUGUUGCCUUGUUAAAUGGCUUUUGUUUCUUAGAACCCAUCCCUUGGCUGCAGUUCUUGUAUCUAAAAAUGAGUUCUGCAUAGUUAUUUUGUAGCCUCUACCCCUUGUCUUAGCUUCCCUCUUGCUUUGUUACUGUCUUUAAGCAAUUCUUGUUAAAUGCUUUCAGAUUCAGCUUUGAGCUAAAAAGGUGACAAGUUAUUUGCGUACUUAUCUGAAGCUGAUAAUUUAAAGUGCUCAUCACCAGUCUUUUUAAAUUUUUCCCCAGAUAUCUUUGGUUCGAAUGCCCUAUGCCUGCAAACUCCUCUUCCAAGAACUGAUGUCUAUGAGUAUUGCGCCUCGUAUGAUGAGUGUUUAGCCUUUAAAAUGGUUUGUUAUUUUUUUCCAAAAAUGUGAGACUGAAAUGUUUAGGUUUCAUUUCAUUUGGUUUUAGGUUGCAUUUAAAAUAGUUUUACUCAUCUGCUACGUGCUGUUCAAAAAAUAUGUUUAUUUCCUGUAAAUAGAAUUAAACUUUGUAAUCAAA